AUGGCUGUUUUAUGUGUAAACAUUUUGGGUCCUGAUGAUUUUACUAGUGAGAUAGAAAACGCAUUGGAAAAACUUCAUCAUCAUCACUGCGUUACUGACAGCAAUGAUCUUUACACUGUUGCUCUUCAAUUUCGUUUGCUUAGACAGCACGGCAUUAAGGUUUCAUGUGAUAUCUUUGAAAAAUUUAAAGAUGGUGAAGGAAAGUUCAAAGAAUCCUUAACUCAUGAUGUAAUGGGUAUGCUUAGUUUAUACGAGGCAGCACAUCUUGGCAUUCAAGGGGAAGAUAUCUUAGAUGAAGCCAUAGAUUUCACCACCACAAACCUCCAAUUACUAUUACCUCAAUUAAGUUCUGACCUCGCAAAUGAAGUUAGCCAUGCCCUCAAUCGACCCAUCCGCAAAUGUUUGCCAAGGUUAGAGGCAAGGCAUUAUAUUGAAGUCUAUAAACGGGAGAAAUCACACAAUAGUACAUUACUAAAGUUUGCGAAGUUAGAUUUCAACAGGUUACAACAACUACAUCAGAAGGAACUACGUGGCGUGGCAUCUCUGAGUAAGUGGUGGAAAAACUUAGACGUACCAACAAAGCUGCCUUAUGCAAGAGAUAGAGUGGUGGAGUGCUACUUUUGGAUGAUGGGAAUUUAUUUUGAACCCAAAUAUUCAUUUGGAAGAAGGAUGAUGACAAGAGUCGUGGCCACUUUAUCCCUACUCGAUGAUACUUAUGAUAACUAUGGUACAUGUGCAGAACUAGAGAUCCUUACCGAAGCUAUCCAGAGGUGGAAUAUUAAGGAAAAGGAAUACACUUCCAGACUGAAGCCACAAUGGCGCGACAAUGGCUAUGCUAACAAAUAUGCGUUUGAAUGGAUAUCUAAUAUCCCUAAGAUUGUUCGAGCUUCGGCUACUGUUUGCAGACUUAUGGACGAUAUAACAUCUGCAUACAGUUACAUAAAGCAACAUGGUGGUUCAAAGGAAGAGGCAGAAAAAUUGUUUCGGAAAGAGAUUAGAAAUGCAUGGAAAGACAUAAAUGAGGAGUGCCUAAAGCCAACUCCAGUUCCUAUGCCUCUGUUAGAGCGAGUUCUGAAUCUUACGCGCGCAAUGGAUGUUAUAUACAAAGAUGAAGAUGGAUACACUAAUUCUCAUGUUAUAAAAGAUUAUGUUGCUUCCCUGCUUAAAGAUCCUGCAGUUUGAGCAGGAUUAGUUAUCUUUUCUUAAAAUAUGUACAUUGGUCUUUGCGCUUUGCGAUGGGAUUGACUUACUUAGACUCGGUCUAUGUACCUACUUAUUGAAUAAAUUAAUGAAAAAUAAAUUUUUCUU